AUGGCAGCUCCCGUGGUCCGUGGCCCCGGUGGUCGACUUGUACAAGAAGGUGCCGGCUGCACGUUAGUACAAGGCAGAAGCGUAUGUGACGAUGGAUUCGGAAAUACCUUGCGGGACCGUCGGCAUAAGUGGAACAGGGAAAAUGAGGCCAUCUCCACCGAGCCCAGCCGCGUAAGAAAACUUGCGGCCUGA